GGGCGCCGCGCGGGAUGCGCUGAAGGGCGAGCGGCGCGGCGGCGGCGGCGAUGAGUGCCUCUGCGGCCACCGGGGUCUUCGUGCUGUCCCUCUCGGCCAUCCCGGUCACCUAUGUCUUCAACCACCUGGCGGCCCAGCACGAUUCCUGGACAAUCGUGGCGGUUGCUGCCCUCAUCUUGCUCCUGGUGGCCCUGCUGGCUCGUGUCCUGGUCAAAAGAAAACCACCCCGGGACCCACUCUUUAUGGUCAUUCACGAAGCCCAAGCAAAGGACCUGAUGAGAAGACCAUUGGAUUUAAUGCUGGUCGUGUGUCUCCUCCUCGCAACUGGAUUUUGUCUGUUUAGAGGACUGAUUGCUUUGGAUUGCCCCUCUGAGCUCUGCCGAUUUUACACGCAAUUUCAAGAGCCCUACCUAAAGGAUCCCGCUGCUUAUCCUAAAAUCCAGAUGCUGGCGUAUCUGUUCUACUCUGUCCCUUACUUCGUGAUUGCGCUCUAUGGCUUGGUGGUUCCGGGAUGCUCCUGGAUGCCUGACGUCACGUUGAUGCACGCCGGAGGUCUAGCUCAGGCUCAGUUUUCUCACAUCGGUGCUUCUCUUCAUGCUAGAACUGCUUAUGUCUACAGAGUCCCCGAAGAAGCGAAAACCCUUUUUCUAGCAUUAAACAUAGCAUAUGGAGUUCUUCCUCAGCUCUUGGCCUAUCGUUGUAUCUACAAACCAGAGUUCUUUAUAAAAACAAAGGCAGAUGAAAAAGUUGAAUAAAAAUAUUAUUUCAUGUU